AUGGAGGACACAUACAAUAACAGGACUUCCCUGGUCAAAGGUGCUAAGGACAUAGCCAAGGAGGCAAAGCGGCAGGCAGCAAAGAAGGUCAACAAGGUGGCGAACCUUGCUGCCGACGAGUAUUCAUCCCACCACAACUACUCACGAUUCCAGGAUGAGGAGGUGGACGACGAGGAUUUCUACGGGAACCCGCCGAGGCAGGGCGGAGAGGGUGACAACGACGAGGGCUCCAGCGAUGCCACCGAGGGCCACGACGAUGAGGACGAGAUCUACGAGGGCGAGUACCAGGGGGUUCCCUCCACGGGGGACAGGAAGCACAAGGAUGGCCAAGUGGCCUUGGGGCAACCCGUGUCAGACGCAAUGAGGGACCGAAAGGAGCUGGAACAGGAGCGACAGGCCGAUGAGGAGGAGCUGGCUCAGCAGUACGAGCUGAUUAUCCAAGAGUGUGGCCACGGGAGGUUCCAAUGGCAGCUGUUCCUGGUGCUGGGAUUGGCACUCAUGUCUGACGGCGUGGAAGUGUUCGUGGUGGGCUUCGUGCUUCCAAGCGCAGAGACCGACAUGUGUGCACCCAACUCCAGCUCUGGAUGGCUAGGGAGCAUCGUUUACUUGGGGAUGAUGUUUGGCGCAUUCUUUUGGGGAGGAAUGUCUGACAAAGUUGGCCGCAGACAGUGUCUCCUCAUCUGCAUGUCCACCAAUGGCUUCUUCGCCUUUCUCUCGUCUUUUGUCCAGGGAUACGGCUUCUUCCUUGUUUGCCGCAUCGCCGCCGGGUUUGGGAUAGGGGGUGCUGUGCCCAUUGUUUUCUCCUUCUUUGCAGAGGUGUUAUCCAGGGAGAAAAGAGGCGAACACCUCAGCUGGCUGUGUAUGUUUUGGAUGAUUGGCGAGAUCUACGCGUCGGCCAUGGCGUGGGCCAUUAUUCCGCACUAUGCACCCAGUUACCCCUGA